UAUUAUAUAAUGGAGAUAUAUAAUGGAGGAUUCAAUGAGAACAGUAGUUGAUGAUAGUUUUGAAGAGAGUGGUUGGACUAUGUAUCUUGAAGAUUUCUUUGCGAAAGACAACAAGAAUAAUAAUGAUAAUGAUGUCAAUUUGGAUCAUCAAAAUUGUUGUUUCUCUUUUGAUGAUUAUGAAACUUCUUCUUCUUUAGUAUCUGAUGCUGCUUCUUUGGCUCUGAAGAAAAAUCCUGAUAACUGUAAAUAUAAUUGUGAACAAGAAUCUGUUGGGUUAUCCUUAUCCAUUGCAAAUAAAUGUUAUAGCAAGUUGAGUUUCAAGAAGAGAAAAUCCAAAGGCAUUGCUAAUAAUUCUUUGGUUGAUGAUGAUGCUUUGGAGGAUACUGCUAGUUCUCCUGUCAAUAGCCCCAAGGUUUAUGAUAUGAUGAAUCAGUUCAAUAAGAGCACAAAACAGAGACAUAACAACAUGGAUAUUUCAUUAUCACAGGCAAAAGGAAUAAUAAGUGGCAUAGCAGAUGAUGAGAGCAGAAGUGAUCAUUUGGGUUUUAUUGGAAGGGAAAGAGAAAGUACAGAACUGAGGAAAAGGGGUCUUUGUUUAGUUCCUUUGUCCAUGGUCAGGGAUAGCAAAAUCAACCUGACCUAAUCCUAAUGGGUAUGCACUCAGUCCGAACCUACUCAAAUCUGAAAAUUGUGAUUUGAUUAUAUUUGGGUAAAUUCCCAGAGUUUUAUUCUGGGUAUAAAUAGAGUACCGAUAACACGAUUCUAAAUUCGAAUCCAAACUUUUGAAGAUGGAAAAUACCCUAAUUGGAAAUCUAGAACCUGCAAGAU